CUGCUGGGCCUCGACUUGCGACCCCGAGCCGGCCAGCGGGGCCGGUCCCGGGAUGGAGGUCGUCAAGGCUGCUGCUCAACUCGCGGCCCUCGACGGAAGUCGGUGAGUACCGAGACCCCCGAGGCACUGUCGGCGGCCUUGGCGAGCACCUCCGGCCUGGCGCGGCUCUUCGCAGCGGCCGGGCACCGGCUGUACCUCGUGGGCGGCGUCGUGCGCGAGGCUGUCGCCGGGCGGUUCAUCGCUGGUGCCGAUCUGGACUGCACCACCGAUGCUCGCCCCCCGGCGGUGCGGCGGAUCGUCGGUGGUGUGGCGACGUCGCUGUGGACCCAGGGAGAAGCGUUCGGCACGAUCGGCUGCGUGGUGGACGGGCAGGCCUUCGAGAUAACCACCCACCGCGCCGAGCGCUACGACCCGCACUCGCGCCAGCCCGUCGUAGCUUUCGGCGACGAUGUGGAGCAGGACCUCGCGCGCCGCGACUUCACGGUCAACGCGAUGGCCGUCGACACCUCCGACGGGAGCCUGCUCGAUCCCCACGGCGGGCGUCGGGAUCUGGAGGCCCGGGUGCUGCGCACCCCGCUCGACCCCGCGGUCUCCUUCGGAGACGAUCCGCUGCGCAUGCUGCGGGCGGCGCGCUUCGUCGCCAGCCACGGGCUUGUGCCCGACGAUGCGGUGGUCGAGGCGGUCAGGGCCAUGGGGGAGCGGCUGCAGAUCGUCUCGGUCGAGAGGACCCGCGACGAGUUCGAGAAGUUGCUGCUGCUCGACGACCCCUCCGAGGGCUUCCGCUUCCUGUUCCGCACCGGGCUCAUCGAGCGGGUGCUGCCGCGGGUUGCUGGCCGCGAUCCCACGGCGCUGGGCCGGGUCACGGCCGCAGUGGCCGCCGAGCCGGCGGCCCGCUGGGCGUCGCUGUUCGUGCAGGACUCUGCGGAGGCGGCUGGCGCUGAGCUGAGGGGUCUGCGCUGCUCGACGUCGCUCGCGUCUGGCGCGGCCGGAUUGCUGGAGGCCCGAGAGCUGCUCCAAGGGGCUGGCACCGGCGCGGCCGAAAUCCGCCGACUCGUGCACGCAUGCCCGGUGCCGGUAGAUGCCGCUCUUGACUUUGCCCGCGCCGUGGCGGCCGCCGCCGGUGAGUCCGACGAGCGGCUGAGCGGCUUUGCUGCGGCUCUGAGCGAACUGCGCCGCCACGAGGACGUUGACGGUCCCGCGCUCCUGUCGACGGCCGCGGCGUGA